UCCAGCUCUACUAUUUCGUUAGGGAGGACGUUCGUUUUGCUGCGCACCAAAUCUUUUCGGCCCCCAAUGCAAAUGCAAAGCGCUUUCGCGGCGUGUGUAGUGCAUUCAAAAUUACCAGUGACUCUACGGGAUCCGUAGUUUUCAGUGCUGUGCCUCUCCCUAAUCGGUUUCACCUGGAUCCAACGGAUACGGAAGAACUCUUUCCUGGGCUGGGCGCAAAUAAAUCGAUCGUUGACGCGGUUUAAAUCAAGGCUGCACGACACUCGAGGGCUUUUAUGUGAUUACUACUAUGAAAUUGGAUGAAAUUGUUGCAUGGUACCAGAAGAAAAUCGGCACCUAUGACAAGCAAGAAUGGGAGAAGACCGUCGAACAGAGGAUUUUGGAUGGCUUCAACAAUGUCAACUUGAAGAACACAAAGCUGAAGACGGAGCUAAUUGAUGUAGAUUUGGUUCGCGGUUCCACCUUCCCCAAAGCCAAGCCCAAGCAGUCACUGCUCACCGUGAUCCGUCUGGCCAUUCUGCGCUAUGUCUUGCUGCCUCUCUAUGCGCAGUGGUGGGUCAAGCAGACCACGCCCAACGCCUUUGGCUUCAUCCUGAUCCUCUACCUCACCCAACUGUCCAACUGGGCCAUCUACGUGCUGCAUAGUAGUCGCAUAGUGCCGUCGGUCUAUGACAAGCCGUCGAACGGCACUCUUCUCCAUGCAGAGGCAGCUGGAGAUGGUUCCGAUGGGGAUGCGGAUAAGCAGACCGAGGAGCACGUCGACCUGCUUAGCGCCCUGCUCAUCCCGUGCGCCCUAAGCCUGCUGAUCAGUCUUAUCCACUCGCAGAUCGUAGCGACCAACACCGCCACGGGUGGUUCAGGCGGAACCAGCAAGAAUAAGCUGCGGCGAAUCUCCGUGAGCUGCGUAGGAGACAAGGCCUCGAACCGCGAGCAUCGUGUGCGGCGUCGCAAAAAGUUUGUGCGCAUUCGUCCAAUGGAAGCGGAUUUGUCCCAGGCUAGCAGCAACAUUUCAAUACCAACCAGACGCAAUACAGCCAGUGCCAUCGAAGUGCUACCCAGACCCGUCACACCUUUGGCCUCGCCCACAAGCACCUGUGGCACCGUGGUGCCCGAUCCCAUCCUGCUGGCCACACCACCCCCCGUCUUAAUCAGGCGAAGCAACGAGGAGGAGACUUAUCUGACCACCACUGCCAUCAGCGCACUACCGCAACCGCUGGCCGUCACAGACGCGCGCUUCGAUCUCAGCAGGCAGACGGGCGGAGCGGCCCCCGAAAGCCCCAAAAAGCGCAACGUCAACUGGCACACGCCCAUUCAGAUCUACGCCACAUACGAGCGCACCGAGCAGCCUUCCUCUAGUGGGGUUGGCGGAGAAAAUCAAAUGGAAGCGGAAGGAGAAAGCAGUGUGGGGUGUCCAAGAACCGCCUACCAGUCGCGCCGCAGUAUUGGCGAGGAUGAUGGCUUCGAAAGCCUGAACGGAAAGAGCUCCAGCGGCGAGGACAACAACCACUCGCCUCUGCCUAAUAGUGGGGCUGUUGCCGUGCCCCCAGUUCCUGUCCAGACCAAUCAAUUGCGUCUGCGUCUUAACACUGCAAACAGCAGCUCCAACACUGCUCCUCCUCCAGCGGAGAAGAAGGCGCAGUCGCGCGGCAACGAGUCCACCUCUAGUUGCGCCGAGUCGGACGAGUGCGAUGAUGCGGACAUCAUAUCCAGUCCUGCAUCGGCCUGCAACCAGGAGUGCACCACCUCUGCCACCGACUGGCUGGGGGUGACUACGAACAGCGAGGACUGCAGCUACACCUCCGACCUUGACCACUCCGAUGGCGGUUUGAAGCACACGGCCUGCAGCGACGAGGAUCCUGGUGAGCUGGAUAUCACGCCCACCACCAUACUUAACCCCCACAGCAGCCUGGACCGAAUUAGCUGCACAAUUUGGGAUCAGCGCGACGCCAAAAAGGCGCAGCUUUCCGUACUGGAGAUAGCUUCUUGCAUAAUUGAACGCGUGGACUCGAUGGGCGAGGCCAACGACUACAUCUACAUAGGCGUGGUGUUCUUUUUGCUCACACUAAUUCCCAUCUUCUGCCGACUCUGCGAGGUCACACUCGGUAGCGACGCAGAGAAAGCCAGUGAGAUUAGCUACCUUUACAUGCCGCAGCUACUGUGGGAGAAGUCGUCGUCCUCGUUUUUCACCCUGCUAGGCUUUGCCUUCGGCGAUACUCAGUGGGAGCGCACCGUCCUGGCCCUUGGCUUUGUGCAGCGUCUUUGCCUGACCAGCAUCCUGUUCAUUAUAUUCGCCGUUGCAGAACGCACCUUCAAGCAGCGCUUCCUUUACGCCAAACUCUUCUCCCAUCUGACGUCAUCACGUCGGGCUCGCAAGUCAAAUCUGCCGCACUUCCGCCUGAACAAGGUGCGCAACAUCAAGACCUGGUUGAGCGUACGGUCCUAUCUGAAGAAACGCGGACCGCAGCGAUCGGUGGAUAUCAUCGUUUCCGCAGCCUUCAUAGUGACCCUUUUGCUGCUGGCCUUCCUAAGCGUCGAGUGGCUGAAGGACUCGGUGCACCUGCACACGCACCUUACGCUGGAGGCCCUCAUGUGGUCAAUCACAAUCGGGAUCUUCUUGCUGCGAUUCAUGACACUGGGCCAGAAGAUCCAGCACAAGUACCGUAGCGUGUCGGUGCUGAUCACAGAACAAAUCAACCUGUAUCUGCAAAUCGAGCAGAAGCCCAAGAAGAAGGACGAGCUGAUGGUGUCAAACAGCGUGCUCAAGCUGGCCGCCGAUCUGCUGAAGGAACUCGAAACGCCAUUCAAGAUCUCUGGCCUCAGUGCCAACCCAUAUCUAUUCACAACCAUCAAGGUUGUCAUCCUGUCGGCCCUUUCGGGCGUGCUAAGCGAGGUUUUGGGCUUCAAGCUGAAGCUCCACAAAAUCAAGAUCAAGUGAAUCAUACAAGGCGCAGAUCCAUCAUAUUUUUGUAGUACAACUUUUUCGAAACGCUUACUACAUCUAACUCUAAAUUAGCUAAGUUAAUAAAUUUAAGCAAGCCAAUGUUUAUGCUUGUCAAGUGAUUGUUUAGCUCCGUUAACAAGCCCACUACUGACUACGUAAAUCAAUAUAAAUUAGUAUUUACCAUCUAGAGCGACCUGCACAAUCACAAAUCAUGUUAACUCAAAUUGUGUAAUGAAUCGUAUUAAAAGUUCAUAGAACUUUUAGCAUGGAAGCAAUGCACCUUUUCGUAGUUGGCUGUUUUUUCUGUUACACAGUCUCAAGUUCAAUUCCUAAAGCGGUCUCAGCUAGAGUGUUGCAAUUAAUAAAUGUUAGAAAACCAAUAAA